ACCCAUGAAAUCCCUUCACUUCCCAUCUCCUCUUUCCUUCUCUUCCCUAAUUUCAAACCCCUCUUCUCACUCUAAUCCCAAACCCAUGGCUUCCUUCAAACCUUCCAUCCCCUCCGGCGAGGUCCACGUCAUCAUGGGUCCCAUGUUCGCCGGCAAGACCACCGCUCUCCUCCGCCGGAUCAAGUCCGAGGGCGCCAGCGGCAGAAAUGUGGUGAUGAUAAAAUCGAGCAAGGAUAAUAGAUAUGCUGUUGAUUCGGUUGUGACUCAUGAUGGGGCCAAGUUUCCGUGCUGGGCUUUGCCGGAUCUGUCCUCGUUUAGGCUCAAAUUUGGAGGAGAUGCUUAUGAUAAGCUUGAUGUUAUUGGUAUUGACGAGGCUCAGUUUUUCGAAGAUCUAUAUGAUUUCUGCUGCACGGCUGCUGAUCAUGAUGGGAAGACUGUGAUUGUUGCAGGCUUGGAUGGUGAUUACUUGAGGAGGAGCUUUGGCUCGGUGCUUGAUGUAGUGCCUCUUGCUGAUACAGUGACCAAGCUGACAGCUCGAUGUGAAAUGUGUGGCAAACGAGCUUUCUUUACCCUGAGGAAGACUGAGGAGACAAAGACUGAACUGAUUGGUGGGGCUGAUGUCUACAUGCCUGUUUGUCGCCAACACUAUGUCAACGGACAAGUUCUUAUCAAAGCUGCAAGAACUGUUGUGGAGUCUCAUAAAUUUAAGAGUGGCACCAUUUCAGAAGUAGCUCCAAUCUUUUAGAAAACAGCAGUUGCUGUUUUCACUACCUAUUAUCUAUUUCUUAAGGUCUACUAAUCUGCUAUGUAUUAUAAGAGGCAAAAGUAGCUGAUUGCCUGCAGUAGUAGUUUGAAGUUCAAACAUGGGAAUUGGGAAGUCUGAACCUUAAAUGGUUUCCUUGGCUUGGACUGUAGUCAUGAACUCUGAUGUAUCUCCUCUUUAUGUCAAUACAAGAAGUUCCUUUCCG